CUUACAUUAAAAAAAUGCAUCAACGGAUGAUCACAAUUUAGAAUAAAAAUACCCAGUUAAUAUUUUUGUUUAGAUAUACAUGACAAUGUUGUAGCCGUGUGAAAUAGGUCGUAAUUGUUGUCUAUCGCACUAUUUCCAUCGAUCGUACAAGAAACAAUUGAAAAUGAUGGCUUUGAAGCUGUGUAACAACUGGAAGCUAAGAUCGAUUUGGAAUCUAAAGUCAAUCAGGGCGAAGGUUACGAAUUCGAAAAACAACGACAACAGAAUGAGCCUCGAGGAAAUCGUUCCGGCGGCAAAGAAGGCGAAGUUGGCCAACGGCGAAGAGGUUGAGAACAAACAGGAAAAUAUCCGCGACUUGUCCAAGUUCGUAUUCAAAAGGAUUCUUUCAGACUUCGGCCAGCGGAAGGUGAUCAGCGUGGAAGGGACGUUUUCCGACCGGGAUGGAAAAGCGAUUUUGUGGCUCGAGAAGACCCCUUUCAGCGAAGAGAACGUCAAGUCCCUUUUGACGGAAAAUUCCGUCCUGAAAAGACUUUUCAUCAACGAUAUCUACGGCAGCUACUCGUGCUUCGCCGACCCGACUUUCAACGAGAUAAAGACGACCGUAAUCCACCCGGCCACUGAUCAGCACAUCGCUAAAUUUUUGGAAAAACCGAAACACCUCAUUGAGGAAACAUCGGAUUAUUAUCAAACCAUCACUAGACCUUUUCUAGAAAAAGAACAACUCAGCGUUCAGUGGGUUUAUAAUAUAUUAGAACACAAGAAAGAAAAGGAAAGAAUAGUUUUUGAGGAUGAUAAUAAGGAGACUGGUUUCAUUCUAAUACCAGAUUUGAAGUGGAAUGCCAAGCAGACAGAAGACCUUUACCUUCUGGCACUAGUGCACCCUCGUGGUUUAAAAUCAUUACGUGAUCUCACCAAGGACCAUUUGCCACUCCUUAAAAACAUUCUUAACAAAGGAAGGAAAGCAAUAUUUGAGAAAUACAAGAUACCUCCAUCCCAGUUAAGAGUUUAUAUCCAUUAUCAACCAUCAUUUUACCAUUUGCACGUUCAUUUUAACUAUUUGUCGUUUGAUGCACCAGGGAUAUUAUGUGAAAAGUCGCAUCUGCUUUCAUCUGUGAUAAACAACAUUGAACUUCGAAGUGAUUAUUAUCAAAAGGCGACUUUAUCUUUUGUUGUUAAAGAGGGUGAAAACCUUGCAACCGAAUAUUUGAAUAGAGGUAUUAUUAAAAAAAUAGAACCUCCGGUUCAAAAUCGUAAUUAAGAUGGAAGAGCCAGAGCAAAGCGUUUUAGUGGAGUGCAGGCCUCUACUCCGGGUCUGCCAUUUUUUUAUCAAACACCGUUUUUACCCGAAAGACACUAGUGUAAUAGUCAACGAAAAUGAGGUGCGGAUUGUGACAGAUUCUCUGGAUUUAGAAAUUCUAAUGCCCGAAUCUGUAAAAAUGUUGAAAGAUAGUUUGUCCGGUUUGUGCUUCAAUGAAGAUUCUCUUUUGUUCAGAACACAGACAGUUCCGCCAAAGAAUCAAGGAUCGUUCAAAGCGGAGCUGUUAACAUUGAAAAAUGAAAAGUGUAAAUUUCAAAUAUACAAACCUAAAGUCAAUGUGGGUGAAGAGACGCAUAUAUUUUGUGGAUUUUGUUCAUAUCAACUUACAAAAAAGAUUGUUAAGUUUUCAAAAAUUUUACCCCUACCUGAAACAUUUGACUCUGGUGAUUUCUUUUGCCAUGGUAAAAUUGAUGUAAGUCUCGACCCAAAAGUAGACAAUCUGUUUUAUGGAUCGUACUAUUACAACAUCCACCCAUCUAUAAUAAUAUUUGAUGAUACAAUAUAUGAUCUAAUCGUUUGCAAAGGCUGUAUGUCUUGGCUUGGAAACAUCGAAGAAAAAAAUGCUCAGCUUUGGAAUUCUACUAGUUAUUUUUCAAAGGCCACAAUCGAUAAAAGGGAAAACACAGCUUUAGAUGAUUUCUUACAAAUAAUCAAGAAAGCAACAAAUGAAUUUAUGCCAAACAACAAACUUAUCUUGUACUGCGACAUAGGCAACAAUGAAAGGCAUUACCUGCUACUGUGGAUUAUGGACAAAAAAUUAUCCCUUUUGUCUAGUCGUGACGACCUGCUGAACGGGAUGGUGACAUUAAAAGAGCAUAAAAUGACAAAACUACUCUAUUCAUAUCACACGAGUAAAUCAGAGACAGUUUUGGAAUGGGUCAAUUUGACAAACACCAAUGGGCUUAAAGUAAGCAAAGCUAUGUUGGCCAAAGGCGUUGAACACCUCAAAGAAAUGUCUAAUCAAAUACCAGAAGAUUUCCGCACCUCACAAAACAUGAAUAUAUCAUUCCUUACAACUUCAGAAUAAAUUGUUUUUCCACAUU